CUCGCCCUGUCUGUCGGAACCGGGAGAAGCCCUUGGUUUUGCCAUCGGAGCUUCGGUCUGUUUGUGGCUGGGGUUAAAAAUAAAUAAUAACCGACAGCAAGCAAAAAAAAAAUGGGUACCAGAGACGACGAGUAUGAUUAUUUAUUCAAAGUGGUGCUGAUCGGUGACUCUGGGGUGGGAAAGAGUAACCUGCUUUCCAGAUUCACACGCAACGAGUUCAACCUGGAGAGCAAGAGCACCAUCGGGGUGGAGUUCGCCACCCGCAGCAUCCAGGUGGACGGCAAGACGAUAAAGGCUCAGAUCUGGGACACAGCCGGGCAGGAGCGCUACCGAGCCAUCACGUCGGCGUACUAUCGGGGUGCGGUGGGCGCUCUGCUGGUCUAUGACAUCGCCAAGCACCUGACCUACGAGAACGUGGAGCGCUGGCUGAAGGAGCUGCGGGACCACGCUGACAACAACAUCGUCAUCAUGCUGGUGGGCAACAAGAGCGACCUGCGGCACCUGAGGGCUGUGCCCACCGACGAGGCCCACGCCUUUGCAGAAAAGAAUACUUUGUCAUUUAUUGAAACCUCUGCCCUGGACUCGACCAAUGUGGAGGAGGCUUUCAAAAAUAUCCUGACAGAGAUUUACCGGAUUGUGUCACAGAAGCAGAUCACUGACCGAUCGGCGCACGACGAGUCUCCUGGCAACAACGUGGUGGACAUCAGCGUUCCGCCCACCACAGAUGGCCAGAGAUCCAACAAACUGCAAUGCUGCCAAAACCUGUGACCCCCGAGCCCUCCCCUCUGCUUCGUGUUCUUCGUGCUGCUCUCCCGUAUUCCCUGUGAAUUUCCCUGGAAUUCUUUCCCUGUCUCUGAAGCUGUAACCUUUCAGCUGACUUUCUUUAUGAUGUUUCUUUUGUUUUCAAUCCUUUUUAUUUUUUGGCCUAUGAAUUUUCCUCCUGAAUGUGACCCUGUUUUUCAGCACUGAUCAUGUGACCCACUCCUUUGGGAGCUGGCGAGAGAUCAGUCAGUAGGAUGUGCCUGUCUCUGGGGCAGUUCCUAGUUUGCCUAUGCCAGGGUUUCCCAGUCCUGGUCCUGGGGGACCUCUGUGUCCUCUGGUUUUCAUUCCAACUGAGUUUUCAAUUAGUUGAACUAUUCGUUAUCUUAAUUAGACUUUGUUUUAAAUUGUUUUCAGCUUUUAAACAGUUGGAUAUUUCAAGUUAACGCUACAAUUUUAUAAGUAACUU